AUGACUUCCAAGGAUUCUUUCGAGCUCCCCGAUACCUUUUCUUGGGGCAACUGGGCCGUAAGAUAUGCCAAACUCCAGCACCCUGACCGGCCGCGCGAUGCUAGCACUGUUGUUUUUGUGCAUGGCACCCCUUGGUCUUCCGACGUCUUUCGCCCUCUUGCAAAUGCGUUAUUGACGGCUGGCCGCUUUGAGAUCAUCCUUUAUGAUCUGCCUGGAUACGGCCAGUCACAAGCCUAUACUGCGCGGAACAAUGGUCCAAGCAAUGACUCCGAACCAGAUGUCUCCGUUGGAGCUCAGGGAGAAUGCCUCUCGGCUCUGUUGAAGCACUUGAAUUUGACCGGCGAGAACGGUGGAAGGCUGCCACAAGUGGUGGCUCACGAUAUCGCCGGGGUCGUCUCCUUGAGGGCCCACCUUCUGGAGAAAUGCCAAUAUCAAAGUCUUUGCCUCAUAGAUACGAAUUGUGUACUGCCUUGGGGUGACACGUUUUAUAAUUUAGUGCGUUCGAACCCACAAGUUUUCGAACAAUUACCGAACGGGGUCUUCGAAGGCCUGCUGCGAGCGGUCAUCAAGAGUGCUAGAGUACAUGGCCAAGGCUUGAAUUCCAACUGGGAGGACAUUUUGGCUCGUCCGUGGCUUGCGGAUAAGAAUCACUUAGCAGGGAGGCUACACCCGCAGGUCAAUUUCGUACGACAGAUCAAGCAAGCCGACGAUAAACAUACGGCGGAGCUACUGGACAAUGAUCUAUACUCACAAAUCCAAUGCAAGGUCAAGGUUCUUUGGGGAGAAAGAGACGAGUGGAUUCCCCACGAAAAGAUGGUGAAGCUAUGUGACUUGCUCGGUCCUCGAUUGGCGCAGUUUAGCACGAUCCCUGAUGCUGGACAUUUGGUCAUGCUGGAUCAGCCCGAGAGGGUUGCAAUGGAGAUUGGAUGGUGGCUUGCAGAAUGA